CUUGAGCCCUUCUCAUUAAUCACAAAUUAAUCACAAUUCAGAAGGCGUUCUUCGGAUUUAAGAGAAAAUCGCAUGUCCCUCCAGAAGAUAACAUUGCAAGUGGGAAGUAAGGGACAUGAGCUCGGUUUCCGCCAUCUUUUCUCAGUUCCUGCAACCGAAACUGCUUCCCGGUUCUCCCAAUCGGCGCAGUCGCAGUUCAAGAAUCCCAGUGUCAAUCUCUGUCCUCAAAUCAUCUCGUCCCGUGAGCGAGAUUGAUGAAUGCGAUGUUUUAAGAGACUUCUUGAAGGAUAGAACGGCGAAUGGGGACUUCAUAGCUAGAAUUUCUGAUAGAAUUUGGCUUAGAGAUCUCCCAAAUGUGGGUUAUGCUGAAUCUGAGACUGGACCAACUGACGACGUCCGGUUAUUGGAGGAGGAGGUUUUAGGGGAAGAAAAUGAGGGUGGGUUUUUGAAAUUGAGGAGCACUAGAGCAUGGCUCUCAGGUGAGGCCUCAGCACCUCUUAAUAUGAAGAGAACCGUUAAGGAGCUGCCGAAUGACAAUGAGCGAAGGUUAAGGUUGAACUGUCUCAGAUACGAGGCGCUGAAGAGGGACUUGUUAUUCUUAACUGUGAGCAUUGGGACAGCUUGCAGUGGAUAUUGCCUGCUAGCUUUGUCGCCUCAGGCUGCUCUAAGCUACACAACAGGAGUGUUUUUCAGUUGCAUAUACUUUCAACUACUAUGCCAACAUGUGGAUAAGCUCACAAAGGAAACGGUUCCAGAAAUAUUCACGAAAAGGAAACCAAAGAAAAUUGGAGUUAGUACUCAGGACUUGAAGGAUAUUUUUGAGAGAUCAGUUAAGGGUAGUGGCAUUGCUCUUUCAUCCCCCAGACUUGUUCUUCCUGCAGCUAUAUUUGGAGUGUGGGAGUUAUGUCAGCAUUUCGCACACGAUUUUUUUGACUUCCAGCUGGUGCCCGCAAUGGUUGGGCUAUUUGCAUACAAAGCUGCUGCUCUAGUGCAAGUCUAUAGGGACAAUGAAGACCUUCACUUUGUCUUCCCUGAUAAUGAGGAAGCGUCUGGUGACUAAUUAAGGAAAAUUCUCUGCAUCACAUUCAUUUUUCAUCCCUCUCCUUAAACACAAUCUCUUGGCAUUUCAUCUUUCCCAAAUCCACUUGAUGCGGCUUAGACCGAGAAGCCUGCGUAACUGAUUGCUUCUGGGCCCGAUGACGAGCCCAAACGCUCAGCCUCAGACAUAACCCGGGAAAUGUACACUCACACUCAUGGACUACUGCAUUGUCAACCUCUUUAAAAUCGAACGCCACUCGUCCAUGAUUGCAUCCUUUUGUUAUAACACUUCCUUUAUCAAACCCUGCAGCUAGCAGAGUGAAGAAGAAAACAACUGGGGAUGACUUCAUAUUUUUUUGGCAAGGGGGCUUCUAUCUGAAACAUGAUCUGCCUCCAAUUAUUAUUUUGUUGGGGGAGGUGUCUUUGUGAGUUUAUAAUAUAAUUUUUGUUGUAGACGCUGUAGUGAGCCAUUAAGAGCAGUGAUGGACAAUGGUCAUUAUUUCACAAGAAAUGUUUCACAAAUCUUACUCCCUCAUCAUUAUCAAGGGGUGGUAUUGUAGUUUU